AUGGUGGAUGUUAACUCUUCAAAUCAAACCCCGACAUCUAGUGUUUUUAGUCAACUUGGUGUGACUAGCAAACGAAGGCAAGUAAGGAAGUCUGGUGCCUUGACAGAUGUAACAAACUUGGUUUCGAAUUUGGCAGUGCACUUUGAUACCGCUUAUAGGAACAUUACUUUCAACUUUGAAAAUAAUAGCAGUGAUGACAGCGAAUCAGAUGAUGAACCCUUUGAUCUAAACGAAGGUACACAGUCAAGUGGGUUUAACUCUCUAUCACAAGACAGUAUUUCAACUGAUCGUGAUGACUCUAUAAUUGCAUUCGAUGGAUAUAUAGAUGAAGGGGAUCCUAUACAUGUUUGCAAGUUUUGUGGAGCAAAUCUUUGGUUCAAUGAAAGGGUGAAGAAAGAUAGGAAGCAAAGGCACGUGGAUACAUUCUCACUUUGUUGCCUAAAAGGUAAAGUAGUUUUGCCUCUAAUGAAGUCACCUCCACCAACGUUAGCAAGGUUGUUCUUUGAGAAGGAGUCACCUAACUCUAGAAACUUCCAUCAUAAUAUUAGACAAUAUAAUAAUAUGUUCUCAUUCACAUCAUUGGGAGGCAAGGUAGAUCACUCUAAAAAUAAUGGUGGAGGUCCAUACACAUUUGUAUUAUCAGGAAUGAAUUACCAUCACAUUGGUAGUUUAUUGCCACCCGAGGGUUGUCGUCCGGUGUUCUCACAACUAUACAUAUAUGACACCGAAAAUGAGGUCACCAACAGAAUUGCUGCUGUUAGUAAAUAUCAAAAUGAAGUCAUCAUCAAUUCUGAUAUAGUACAACAAAUUAAGGAGGAGUUAAAUGAAGUGAAUCCUUUUGUCCAACAAUACCGUCUUGCAUCAUCAUUACUCAAUAGUUAUCAACAUAGACCACUUAAGCUGUGUUUGCUUAGUGCAAGACAAACAGAUGGUAGAAUCUAUAAUGUGCCUAUAGCUUCUGAGGUUGCAGCAUUAGUUGUUGGUGAUUUAGACAUGACAUCUUCAGUUAGGGAUAUUAUUAUACAAGAACAUUCUGGGACUCCUCAAAGGAUUAGUGAAUUGCAUGCAUCUUAUUUACCUCUUCAAUAUCCUAUCCUAUUCCCUUUUGGAGAAGAUGGCUAUAGAGAUGAUAUUGAACAUAGAGAAGAGACCGUUAGGGUGACCAAAACAAGAAAAAGAUUAAGUAUGCGUGAGUUCUUUAGCUAUCGCUUGAUGACACAUCAGAGGGAGCUGCGUGUAGACUUAUACCAAGGAUUAUCUGAUGCUAUUGUUGGAGGGGAACGAAAUGCUGCUUCAAUUGGGAAGCGAAUCAUUCUUCCAUCUUCUUUCACUGGUGGAGCAAGAUAUAUGGUCAACAAUUAUCAAGAUGCAAUGGCUCUUUGUCGGUCUGUUGGGUAUCCUGAUUUAUUUUUGACAUUUACUUGCAAUCCUGCCUGGCCGGAGAUCACAAGGUUUUGCUCACAACACGCAGUCAAGCCAUCCGACCGUCCAGAUAUAUUAGUUCGCAUUUUCAAACUGAAGUUACAAUGUCUCAUGAAAUUUCUCAAGACUGAGAAGAUACUUGGUGAAAUCAUAGCAGAAAUUUACACAAUCGAAUUCCAAAAGAGAGGACUCCCGCAUGCACAUAUACUAUUAUUCCUUCACCCUAGAGACAAAAUAAAAGAUCCCGAAGCCAUUGAUGCAGUUGUGUGCGCAGAAAUACCAGACAAAUCAUCAAGCCCCAUUCUGUAUGAGUUGGUGAAGAGAUAUAUGAUACAUGGUCCAUGUGGUGUUAGUAACCCAAAGUCACCAUGCAUGAAGGAAAGAAAAUGCACCAAAUAUUUUCCCAAAAAAUACAAUCACCACACCAUUGUUGAUGAGGAUGGGUAUCCUACUUAUAGACGAAGAGAUGAUGGUAGAACUAUUGAAAGCAAAGGUGUACAUCUAGACAACCGGUAUGUCGUACCAUAUAAUCCAAUAUUGCUACAAAUGUUUCAAGGGCACAUCAAUAUUGAGAAGUGCAACCAUUCAACUGCAGUCAAAUAUUUGUUCAAGUAUAUCAGCAAAGGAAAUGAUAGAGUAGUUGCUGCACUUUUCCAGAAUAAUGCUGAUGGUAACAACAAAAUAAUUGAUGAGGUGCAACAAUACUACAAUUGCAGAUAUAUAUCUGCAUGUGAAGGUGCAUGGCGUAUAUUUGGAUUCAAUAUCCAUCAUAGAAAUCCUGCAGUAGAAAGAUUGAGUUUCCAUUUACCAAACCAACAACAUGUCAUAUAUGCCAAUACAGAUGAUGUUGCUGCAUUGUUGGAGAAGCCGAGGGUAUGUGAGUCACAGUUUCUAUCUUGGAUGGAAAAAAACUCAAAUGAUGGUUUUGCUAGAAGUUUGACUUAUAUUGAGUUCCCUAAUCAUUACGUCUACCAAAAGGAUAAACGGAAAUGGAAGCGUAGGAAGAAAGGCUUUGCCGUUGGUAGGAUGACGCAUAUCUCACCAUCUGUAGGGGAAUUGUAUUAUCUCCGUGUGUUAUUGACCAAAGUUAAAGGUCCAUCCUCUUUUGAUGCAAUUAAGACAGUUGAUGGUAUUGUAUAUACGACUUUUAAGGAUGCAUGCUUUGCAUAUGGUCUUCUUAAUGAUGACAAUGAAUACAUAGCAGCUAUAAAAGAAGCAUCUGUUUGGGCAACUGGGACUUCCUUGCGAAAACUAUUUGUUAGUAUGCUGUUGUCAUGUAGUCUUCAACAUCCAGACUAUGUAUGGAGGGAGACAUCAAAAUUUAUUUCAGAGGAUAUGUUGUACUUCCCUCGAGAUGAUCCUACAUUUACAGGUUUAAACAUUAGUUUGGAUGAUAAAGAACAAGCAGCACUUAAAGACAUUGAUUCCUUGCUUCGUCAAAAUGGGAAGAGCCUCCACGACUUUCCUUCUUUACCAAUUCCGAAUGGAACUCAACCAAUAGAUAUCAGGAACCAUCUAAUCAUUCAAGAGUUAAGCUAUGAUAGGCUUGAGAUGCAACGUGAAUCGAUCAAAUUGCUCAACAUGCUUAAUGCUGAUCAAAAAAAAAUUUAUGACGAGGUUAUUUUGCAUGUUGAAAAAGGUGAAGGUGGAUUCUUCUUCGUAUAUGGUUAUGGUGGUACUGGCAAGACAUUUUUGUGGAAUGCAUUGACCUCUACAUUACAAGCAAAAGGUGAUAUAGUCAUAACUGUUGCUUCAAGUGGGAUUGCAGCUACUUUAUUGCCAUCUGGUAGGACUGCUCAUUCAAGGUUUGCAAUUCCUAUCCAAAUAAAUGAGUCUUCCAUGUGUUCUAUAAAUCAGAACUCUCCACUAGCAAAUUUGAUCAAGAGUACAAAAUUAAUAAUUUGGGAUGAGGCUCCUAUGGUUCAAAGGUUAUGUGUGGAGGCGUUUAGUAGGUCUUUGCAAGAUAUCAUGCAAUCUAGCAAACCUUUUGGUGGAAAAUGCAUUAUUAUGGGUGGUGAUUUUCGUCAGAUUCUCCCUGUUAUUCCUAAAGGAAAUAGGGCCUCCAUUGUAGAUGCAUGUAUUAAUUCAUCUCACUUGUGGGAUUACUGCACUAUUUUCAAGUUGACAAAAAACAUGCGUCUGUCUGCACCAAAAAAUCCUAUGGAUGUAGAAAAAUUGGCUUGGUUUUCACAAUGGUUAUUGGAUGUUGGAGAUGGGAAAUUAGGUGCCCUAGUGGAUGGAAUUGCACAGAUUGAAAUUCCAAAAGAGAUCUUGAUUUCAAACCCUAUGGACCCAAUGCAUUCUAUUGUUCAAUCUACAUACUCAGAUUUGAUAGAUAACUUAGACUGCAAUGAAUAUUUCAAUGAAAGAGCAAUAUUGGCACCCACAAUUGAGAUGGUUAACCUUAUCAAUGAGUACAUGUCAUCAUCUUUGCCAGGAGAGUCAUUUGAAUUUCUAAGUUGCGAUUCUGUUUGCAAGACCACUGAUAAAACUGAUACUUUUGAUGAUCUGUACACAACAGAAUUUCUCAACACAAUUAACUGCUCAGGCAUGCCUCCCCAUAAGUUAAUUUUGAAGGUGGGCGCACCUAUAAUGUUAUUACGAAACAUUGAUCAAGCAUCAGGACUAUAUAAUGGCACACACCUUCGUAUAUCAAAGUUGGGGAAAUCAGUCAUAGAAGCUGUCACAUUGAAUGGGUCCAAUCCAAACAAAAAAGUCCUUAUUCAUAGAAUGGAUAUGAAUCCCUCAGAGAAUAGGUGGCCAUUUCGAAUGCAAAGAAGGCAAUUUCCAAUAUCACUCUCAUUUGCCAUGACAAUCAAUAAAAGUCAAGGGCAAUCUCUUCGUUAUGUUGGUUUAUACUUAUGCAAGCCUGUUUUUACACAUGGUCAAUUAUAUGUUGCACUGUCUAGAGUUAAGAGCAUGGAAGGGUUGAAGAUUGUUGUUGCCCAAACUGGUUCUGAUGCAUUGAACACAACAACAAAUGUGGUAUACCCAGAAAUAUUUAGGAAUGUUUGA